AUGGCGGGCGGGGGCUGGUGGCGGGCGGCGGGUGGCGGCUGGUGGCGGGCGGCGGCGACCGGUCCCGGGGCGGCGGGUACCGCCAGCCGCGGCCUCUGCGCCGGAGGGCCGCCGAGCCUUUCCUACCGAGAGCUCAAGGACUUGAAGAAGACCAACGUCCUCCACAUAGACGUGCGGGAGAGGUGGGAGGUCGACAGAUUUGGAAAAAUCCCCGCGUCCAUCAACAUACCGCUGGGUGAAUUAGUGGAAGCUCUACAGAUGGACCCAAUGGAGUUCAAGGAGCAGUACAAGCAAAAGAUGCCAUCCAAGUCGGACCCUGUGGUUUUCUCCUGUUUGGCAGGAACAAGAAGUAAACAAGCACUCGGGUUUGCCAUGUCCUUGGGUUUCAGCAGAGUUCAGCAAUAUGCUGGUGGCUUUGAAGAUUGGGUAAAACAUGAACCUCCAGAGGAAAAAUGAAGAUGACUACCCCAACCCUUGCCCCAUCAGGGCUUCAGGAUGUUUUGCAGGUUUUAGCAUCCAAACUAUGUAUAUUCCACUUCCAGAAUACAGCCCACUCCUGUCUUGUGUAAAUGGACAUUCACCUUCAAAUAGCUAUGGAAAGCAACUGCUUGGUUUAAAUUACAUCUAAAGACUAUGACACGAGCAGAGGAUGUUAAAUUUGUUCAGCCUUUACUUUGGGCUCUGUUUUUUGGUGAAAAUACGUGAAGAGAACCUAAGUGCUUAUUAUGUUUACUAAGAUUUUUGUACGAUGUAGUUUAUGACUGUUAACUAAUGAUGAUAAGACAAAUAAAAUUAUCCUUUCCCAAA